AUGAGUGCUUCUCCUCAACGAGAGCAGAAUAUAUUCUCCGAGAGAAUUCGUAACUUACGCCGUCGCAUUGACCGUGCCAGACCUUUUUUCCAGCAGUAUGAAAGAGGUGAACUGCGUGUAAUGACGAGUGAACAGAAACGACAGAUUGGAAUGUACACAAUCUGGCUUUCGGAUCUUGAAGACUUAAAACAGGGGCGUGUACCACCUGUGCGAAAGUGUGAGUUCCCAAAAGAUGACGAUAUAAGGCAUAGUGAAGGCGAUGUCAAUAAUAAAAAAGUAUUGGGAACAACAACAGUAGAAAAAGAAGAAGAAAUAGGAGAAGUAAAAGAUCUUCCAGAGGAGACCCAUACUGUUGUGAAUCAAUAUUCUAUAGAAGCUGAUCCUCUUUUCAUGGAGAAAGUGGAAUCAGAAGAUAAUGAAGAAAAGAAAGAAAUUAAAGAAGAAGAAGAGGAAGAAGAAGAAGAAAAAGAAGAAGAAAAGCAAAAGACUUCGACAAGUCGAGAAAAUUCGGGACCCAGAAAAAAGAAUAACACCAUCGAUGAUGAUCUUAUUGGGGAUCCUGAGACUGAUAAAGAGCGGCUUGUACGUCAUCUUCGUACUCUCUCUUCUUCUUCGGCGCGGGAAUCCUUUCUUAGAAGGUAUGUGGAAAGAGUAACCAACACGGAGGAACUACAAAGUGUGAUUAAGCGUUUUGAAACGGCUAAUAAUGUGCGACAGAAAAUUCUUUCGGGUUCCGUUAAUCGCGUAUCUAAAGCACAGUUGGAUAAAGUUAGUGAACUUUCAGAACUGCGUCGUACCAUGAACUUCCUUAAGCAACAGAAGAAAAAAGAACAGCGGCGACUCGAGACUUUUCUUCUACAGUGUUUAAAGGAAAGUGAGGAAGAGGAAGUGGAAGUGGAAGUGGAAGUGGAAGAAGAACAAGUAAAGGAGGAGAAUAUACCAACACUCAAUAAAGAAGAAACAACAGAGAGAGUAAAAGAAGAAGAAGAAGAAGAAGAGGGUACAGUCGAUACUACUCUUUCUUGUAAUCUACAGCCUGUGCCCUCUAUAGAUGUUGAAUUGCCAGAGAAGAAUGAAUGUUUAGAUGAAGAAGAAAACAGAUUAUCGUUACAAGGAUUAAUACCUACUUCGAAUCUUUUAGACUCAUUGACUAUUGAAACGUCUGAUAGUGAUAAAUUCAAGUUAGAUGAACUGAGAGAUAUAACAAAUGAUAAUGAGGGUUUAAUUGUUGAAAAAAGUAUUGAAAAAGAGAAUGGUCUUGUUGGAAAUCUUACAACAUCUGAGAGAAGCAGUAUCUGUGGGUCUACCACUGUUACUCCUGCGAUAACUUCUCCCGGUGUUAGUCACGGAGCUUGUAUUAGUAGUAGUAGUAAUAUGAGUGAAAGAGAACAAAUUCAGAGGAGUACCAUUGACUGGUCAAAACUAAAAUAUACCAAAAACAGUCUUCGUUUGGAAAUAAAGACAUUAAUACCUCUAGAAUCACCAUCGUCACCAGAUCAAGAAAAACAACAACAACAACAACAACAACAACAACAACAACAACAACAAUGUCUUCAACAUAAUGAGGAUGUCAGUACUUCUUUGAAUGAUGAGGAAACUACUCCAAAUGUAUACAGUAAUAAGAGACGUGGUAGACGAAGGAAAAGUAGAUGGGAAGGUAAAACAAGAAAUACAGUGAAGGAUCCACUUGAUUAUAUUCGUUUGCAUAUUCCAUUCCGUAACAGAUGUGAAGAUCACAAGAUGGAUAAGCAAAAUAUGAAUACCGAGGUUGUAGAAUCUCAAACUUCUUCUUCUAUUGCUGUGCUUAGGCGUUUAGAGAGGGAACUUCGGUAUAUUCAACGUCAUCCUGUUCCGUGUGUUUCAGUUGUUUUAACACAUAACUUAUACUCUGAUAGUAAUGAUAGCAACACUACUGAUGUUAGUUGUGGUGAUGAUACAAUGAUUGCGAAAUGGAUCCUACAUGUUUCUCCCUCUGAUGGUCCACUUUCUGGUCAAGUGAUUCAAUUAGUUGUUGCAUUUUCAGCGUUAUACCCAUUUGUUCCUCCACUUGUUUAUUCAACUGUGUUUCUCCCACUGUCAUCUGUAAUGAUUUCAGAGAGUGGACAGUCUAAUACGCUGCGACUUCCGUGGACGUGUAGUACACCUACACCAAGUCGUAGUGGGAAGAAUAGUAAAGAGAUUUGGGGUGAAGGAUGGAAACCAAAUUAUAAUAUUCGUGGUUUGUUAUUUCAAACCCAAAAUUUUUUUGGGUCUUCUGCUUUUACGGCUUCCUGUAAUGCACUUGGAGAGGACUUAUAUCGUCAGAGUAUUACAGAGGCAAGAUUAGCAUGUGGAAAACAAGCAGCUAGCUUUGUUAAUGAAGACGCUAAUAAUAAAGAGAAUUCUCUCUCAUAUAGGGUAUUAGAAGUAGUGAAUGGUCCAUUUUUGAUUUCUAAGCAGAUCGAAGAAGCUACAAAAGAAAAUAAAAAAGAAAAAGGAGGAGACACGAAUACAUUAUUGAAUGUUGAAAAAAAUGGGAGUAACUAUCGUCAGACUAUUCAUUACUAUGAAGAAGGAAUAGAAGGUGUAAUUCAAGGACCUUUUGUGGGUUGCUGGGGACAUCUGUUGAUGAUGUCUACUUCAGUAGUCUUAGAGGACAAGAUGGAAAUUUCUCCUGCAGAAGAAAGAAUAAAUAUGGAACCUGUUCUCCAACUUCGUCUAACGACUUGUAUGGGGGACUCUUUGCCAAAACUGGAACUUGUAUGUUUUUCGCAGCGUUCACUAUCAAGGAAAGAUAUACAUUGGGCAGAAUUGGCUUUAGAGGAAACAGAGGAAGAACGUAAAGAUGAGAAGAAAUUAAAUGAUGAUGACAAUCAAGAACCAGAAAAACAAGAAGAAAGACAACGAGGACGUGCUUCAUCAGGUAUUCUCUCACGAUUUACUGUAGACUUUGGAAAAUGUAAUAAUGAGAAGAGUGUCUUGGUGAAGUUUUUCUUUUCAGACGCUGCUCAAAUGUCUCCUCCAUCUUGUGUAAAGGCUGAAGAGAUGGGAGAGUCGCAUGUAUACCUUCCGUCCAAUAGUUCUUUUCUUCACAAAAAAGGAGAAUUAAUACCUCUUGCUUGGGCUAUUCUAUUGCAUGUGGACGAUGGAACAUCAUCAACUGCCAUUUUCUCAAUGUUUUCGGGGGAGUAUAUCUCAGAAAAUGAAAAAAUAUUUGUGAAUGAUAAUAAUUUCACUAGCAUUAGUGUUGCAGAUGUUGUAAAUAAUGUGGACCCAAAUCACACUGAAAAUGUAGAUAAUAAUAAUAAUAAUAAUAAUAAUAAUAAUAAUAAUAAUAAUAAUUCUACAAGUGAAUCUCUUGGUAUGCCACUAUAUUGUGUUGCUUCAUUGGAUACUGAAGCAAGUACAGAUUUACUUGGUGUUUUGUGUGAAGUCUCUUAUCCAAUGUCAGUGUCAGGCAACUAUGUUCCUGAGAAUAUUGAUGUCCAUUCUAAUAUGGUUGUAAGUGAGGGUGUUUGUAAUGCCUGUUUUACUUCUUCUAUUAGAGGAAAUAAGUUCUUCAUACUUUCCACACCUCUUGCUGCAUGCAAUUUUUAUUUACCUUUGGCGAACCUGUUUUCACCUUUACCACCGGAGAAAUUAAAUUCUCUUAAACUUAGUAUUUCACAAUUGUACCGUAAUCCAGAGGCAUCAACAGCUUAUAUACCUCCCUUUAAGGUUGCACAGAGUUUACACUUUUUUGCACUUGUUCUUAGGAGUCUUGGAAAUGAGUGGAUAAUGCUUUUAAACUCUUCUACAACGGGAAUUAUUACUACAGAGAUGCGUUUGUUGAGAACUGUGUACACUCGUAUUUUAUAUACCUUUCAACAGCUCGUUAGAGAUGAAGCCAAACUCCUAGAUUUAUGUAACAUUAUUACAACUAGUGAAAAUUUCCUGAAACGAAAAUCCACUGUUUACAAGUCCGUUAACGUUGAUUCUUUAGAUGAGAUAUCUUUUUUGGAGGGGCUUUUGGCGUUAUGGGUUACCCAAUGCAUUCCAUGCCGAGAUGCUGCUAACAUUAUAUGUACUGUUGAUGCUUCUAAGGAUUGCACUACCAGUGUAUCUCGAGUGGUGGAAAAGCGUUGGUAUGACACCACUACUGAGUUGAUUACCUAUUUGAAAGGGGAGGGAAAAGAAGAUUUAUUAAUCAAGAUUCAAUUCCACAUUGGCCUAAUUACUGCUGUCACAAUAAAAGAAUAA